AUGGCACCUAAGAUAGCGAUUAUCGGUGCAGGUCCCGGCGGCUGCAUACUCGCACGGCUGCUACUCACCCAGUGCGACUGCAGGACCAUCAUCUUCGAAGCCGAAAGCUCGAUCAAUUACCGUUCGCAAGGUGGUACCUUGGACUUGCGCGCCGAUACAGGCCUCGCUGCAAUUAGGAUGGCAGGCCUGUGGGACGAGUUCCAGAAGUACGCCCGUUACGAUGGCGAGAGUUUGCUGGUCACCGAUAAACAUCUUACAACGUGGUUGAGAAGAGGUGGCCGGAAGACGGAAGAUGUAAAAGGAGGUUCAGGUGAUGCACCGGAGAUUGAUCGUACGGAUCUGAGGAAAAUGCUGAUGGAGAGCCUACCUCCUAACACAGUUCGUUGGGGAUACAAGCUGUCGCGUGUUGAAGAGUGCAGCACGGGACUAAGGUUAAUAUUUGCGAACGGAGAUGUGUUGGAUGGUUUCGACCUGAUCGUGGGUUGUGACGGCGCAUUCAGCAAGACUCGCAAUCUAUUGACGUCGGAGAAGCCUCAUUACUCCGGUCUAGGUGGUUGGACAAUGUUCAUCGCCAAUGCCGAGCACACAGCACCAGAAGUGUACAAACUUGUCAACAGAGGCAGCGUGUUCGCAUACUCGGACGGCAAGACUCUAGCUAUACAGCAGCUCUCCGAUGAGUCAAUCUACGUAUCCUACUACGGCCAGCAUCCAGAAGACUUCACUCAAACAUGCGGUUUCGAUGCCCAGAGCGACAUCGAGUCAGCGAAAACAGUAUUGAGGAAGUCAUUGCACGACUGGCGACCGGAGCUUCUGGACGCCAUCGAAAAAGCGACAACGGGAAUCGUGUGGAGGAAUCUCUACCAACUUCCCGUAGGAUUCACCUGGCCGCACAGGCCAGGCGUCACGCUCUUAGGCGACGCAGCGCAUGUCAUGACUCCAUUUGCAGGCAUCGGUGUUAACACGGCUUUCAACGAUGCUAUGGUUCUCACCAAGCAUAUCGUAGCAUACAGCUCGUCAACUUCGUCCAGUGAAGGAGUCGACCAGGUGAAUGCUCUUGGCCAGUACGUCGAGAAAUAUGAGACGGAAAUGUUCAAGCAUGCACAUGCGGCCCAGCGACGCACCGAGGGAGCGAAAAAUGCUAUGCUGUUCACGCCCGGUGCUCCGCGGACAAGUAUUGAAACAUGGGUUCUGUGGCAAGCGGGAGAUCAAGUGCCUGUGUGGUGUCGACCGGUACUUGCGAUAAUUGUGUACGUGGGGUUUUGGGUAUACAAGCUGUUCGUGUAA